GUGUCUCAGGGUUUUUAUCCCCCCACACCCAAACUGCCGUCAACAAUGGCGAAAGACAGAGAAGAUCGAAAGAAGGAGAAGCGAGAGAAAAAGGAGAAGAAAGAAAGGAAAGAGAGAAAGCGACGCGAAGCCGAAGAAGAACUCGCCGUGAGAAAUAAGAAGAUCUCCAAGAAGCACCAAAAAUCCAAAUCCAAAGAGCUCGCCAUCGAGAAACCCGAGAAGAAACCAAAGAAGAAGUCUAAGAAACUCCAACUAGCCGAAGAGAAACCACAUAAGAAGAAAUCGAAAAAACACAAAAAACCAUCCGAAUCCGAACCCGAAUCCGAAUCCGAAGACGAUCCAGUCACUUUAACCGUCCCUUCCGAUGUCAAGCUCCCUACCAACGAAUCUGAUUCGGACUCGGAUUUCGACAAGGAAGACCUCAAGCACCUCCUCGAGACCUACACCAAGGAGGACCUCGUCAGCCUCAUCCACAGAACCGCCGAGAAAGGCUCCCGCCUCAUCUCCGCCGUGCUCGACUCCGCGGAGCUCGACAGCUCGAAGCGGAACAUAUUCGUGCGGGGACUCGGGUGGGACACGACGCACGAGACUCUCAAGGCGGCUUUCGAGGCCUUCGGGGAGAUCGAGGAGUGCUCCGUCGUGAUGGACAAGGACACGGGGAGAGCCAAGGGGUACGGCUUCGUCAUGUUCAAGACGCGUAAAGGGUGCAGAGAGGCGCUGAGGAACCCGGAGAAGAGGAUGUUUAACCGGACCGUGAGCUGUAACUUGGCCGCGGCUAAACCGGCCGGUGCUGGGAAGGGGAGGGAACCGGUGGUUGAGUCGGUUAAGAUUGAUUUGAGUCAGAGUGAAGUGGUGGAUUUGGGUCAUGGGCAUUGUCUCGAUAAGGGACACAUGCCACCGAUGUAUGGUGGGGGACAAAACAUGCCGUUUUACGGACAUGGUCAUCCUUCUGGUUUUAAUCCAAUGUAUGCUGCUGCUGCUGCGUAUAUGGGGAAUCAGAUGGGUCCUGGUGUACCCAACUUUCCUAUGUUUGGGCCUGGUAUGAUGAAUCAUGGGCCGCCACCGAACCAUAUGGGAAUGGCGGGGCAGUAUGUUGGUGAGGGUAAUGGUGUUGGUCCUGGUUUUGAUGGUGAACGUGCUUGGUAUCUGAGAUAAGAUAAGAUCUGUGUUCUCUGUUAUCUGUGCGGUCUUCUUUGAUUCUAGGUUAGGGUAAUGACUAAUCUGGUUGAUACCUUGAUAUUUUGGGAAUUGCCGGAGUUGUUUUGCGUUUCUUUAUCUUCUACAUUAGUGUUUAAAGUCUACUAUCUUAGUUUCAUGUCAAGGUGUUUAUCCCCAUAUGACUUAUUGUGAGGGAGAUAUGUGCUUACAUUCUUAUUUCUCUUUGGCCUCUAGAAGCUAUAUCUUGUUUGUCUUUUUUUCU